GCUAGGGUUUUCCUCGGCGCGAGCGAUGGCGGCGUGCGCUCCUACUACGAUCGGGCAGCUAUCUUCCAGGCUCGUGUCGCGCGCUCCAGCGCCCGCGCCAUUCCCCGGCUACAUUCUUCUCAGGCCAGUGGUUUUCAGAUCGCGAGUCGCGAGAGCGGCAGCGGUGCGCGCGGCGAUCGAGCAUUUCGACGAUGCCGGGGUUGGAUUGCAGGGAUCGGUGUGCUUUGCUGCUCCGGAGGGCCUGGAGAGCCCCCCCGCCUCCUCACAGGAGGAUCUCUCGUCGUGCCCGGCGAGAGGGAGCGUGGGUGUCGUCGAGGCGAUGACCGGCAAGACGAUCGACCUCAACUCCGGGGAGGUCAUCGAUGCGGGGAUUGGCGGCGACGGGGAUAUUGGGCAGCGCGGCGGCGGCGAUGGCAGGGGAGGUGGCGGCGGAGGGGAUGAUUCCAGCGAUGGAAUGGCGAAGAAGCAAUCGGGGGCUCUCUCGAUGUCACAGAAGCUGACAUUGGUCUACGCAGCUCUCGUGGGAGUUGGAGGAUUGAUAGGAUUUCUCAAGACCGGCAGCGCGAAAUCCCUCUUCUCCGGAGGGAUCUCUGCGCUGACACUCCUCACUGUCUACUCACAGCUCCCUGUCAACCCGGUUGGCGCUUCUUCUCUCGGUGUUGGUAUAUCGCUGCUGCUCCUGUUCGCCAUGGGCUCGAGAUUCAGAAACUCGGGGAAGUUCUUCCCCGCGGGAUUGGUAUCGAUCGUCUCGUUGAUAAUGUCCGGCGGAUAUGUUCAUGGAAUUCUACGUUCCAAGCACUGAAGAUUAAAAAGAGCUCUCCCCUGUUUCUAGGGUUAGGCU